AUGUGCAGAUAUCAGAAAGAGGAGGUGGGACCUUCGUGCAAGGGUUUUGUCUUGGUAAAGUUCACGCCCACCGAGAGGAGGGGCCUGGUGGACAUGCACAACGCUCUGAGGAAUAAAGUUGCGCUGGGCGGAGUCGACUUGCAGCCGGGGGCGUCGAACAUGCGUGCGAUGGUUUGGAACGAGGAGUUGGCUGGGAUCGCGGAACGAUGGGCGUCGCAGUGCGUUUACGGUUAUGACAUUUGCAGGGAUUUAGGUGAAUGUUAUUAUUAUUAUUAUCAUCGUAUCCGAUUUUCACAAAAAUUGGAUAUUCCGUGUUUAGAGAAAUUUCCGGUCGGGCAGAACGUGGCCAAAGGCACAUAUUCGACGAGUAAUGAAACGGAAUUGGUGAAUCACUGGUUCCUCGAGCAUCGGAAUUUCGACGCUUCCCUCGUCGCUAAAUACAAAAUUACGAAGAGGAAAAAGAAUCGUCAUUAUACGCAGCUCGUUUGGGCUGACAGCUAUCUGCUCGGUUGCGCGAGGGCGAUUUUCCAGCAGUCGAACGGUUCUUCCGUCGCGUACAAAGAGCAUCUGGUCUGCAACUACGGUCCGACUGGGAACAUUCCCGAUCAGCCCGUCUACAGGAUCGGGAAGGCGUGCAGCGAAUGCCAGCAGGGCACCACCUGCAGCACCGAAUACUCUGCUCUGUGCGCAGCUGAAUUGAACGACGACCUUUACGACUAUUUGGCGAGCGACAGGACGAAAUUAACAACAUCAAAUACGCACCUCGUACUUUUCGCAUGUUUCAUUUCGAAUCUAUAUUGUUUUUAUUUAGAUCAAUUUGUUUAACUUUUAUAUA